AUGACGCCAGCCCCACGCCUGCUCCUCGCACACGUAGGGCGCUGUGUACCCGGCCGCGCGGCGCUCGUGGUGGCAGCAGUGCCCGAGGUGGAGCGAGAGCGGCGGGGUUACGGCGUCGCGGCCACCUGCGCUCGCUGCCGCAGCUUCCCUGCUGCUCCGUGUCGUCGCCCUUCACUGGAGCACUUCAAGCAGGAAUUAAUGCCGGGAAGUCGGAUGUACUGCGUAUGUCAGGCGAUUGCAGCAGUCCCUAAACGAAUUAGACCACAGCUAGCCAAAGAGAAGAUUGAAGGAUGCCAUAUUUGUACAUCCGUCACGCCUGGAGAGCCUCAGGUGUUCCUGGGGAAAGACAAGGCCUUCACUUUCGACUACGUGUUCAACAUUGACUCUCAGCAAGAAGAAAUCUAUAUACAGUGUAUCGAAAAAUUGAUUGAAGGUUGUUUUGAAGGAUAUAAUGCCACUGUCUUUGCAUAUGGCCAAACAGGUGCUGGGAAAACAUACACCAUGGGAACUGGAUUUGAUGUCAACAUUACAGAGGAGGAACAGGGCAUUAUAUCACGUGCUGUUAAGCAUCUUUUUAGAUGUAUUGAAGAAAAAAAACAAGCUGCUAUUAAUCAAGGACUCCCACCUCCAGAUUUUAAAGUGAAUGCACAGUUCUUGGAGCUUUACAAUGAAGAAAUUCUUGACCUGUUUGAUACCACACGUGAUAUUGAUGCAAAGAAUAAAAAAUCGAAUAUCAAAAUACAUGAAGAUUCGGCUGGAGGUAUUUAUACAGUGGGAGUUACAACCCGCACUGUGAAUGGAGAAUCGGAGAUGAUGCAAUGCCUGAAGCUGGGCGCUUUGUCUCGAACCACUGCCAGUACUCAGAUGAAUGUUCAGAGCUCGCGGUCUCAUGCUAUCUUUACCAUCCACUUAUGUCAAACCAGAGUUUGCCCUGCGUUUAACACUGAUAAUGCCACAGAUAACAGGAUAAUAUCUGAAUCCUCUCAGAUGAAUGAGUUUGAAACUCUUACUGCCAAGUUUCAUUUUGUUGAUCUAGCAGGAUCUGAAAGGCUGAAGCGAACGGGAGCCACAGGAGAAAGGGCAAAGGAAGGCAUUUCCAUCAACUGUGGAUUACUGGCACUUGGCAAUGUAAUAAGUGCACUGGGAGAUAAAAGUAAGAAGGCAACUCAUGUACCAUAUAGAGAUUCAAAACUUACAAGACUCCUUCAAGAUUCUCUUGGGGGAAACAGUCAAACCCUCAUGAUAGCGUGCGUGAGCCCUUCGGAUCGAGACUUCAUGGAAACCUUGAACACACUGAAGUAUGCCAAUCGGGCACGAAACAUCAAGAACAAGGUGAUGGUUAAUCAGGAUAGGGCUAGUCAACAAAUAAAUGCUUUGCGCAGCGAGAUUACACGGCUGCAGAUGGAACUCAUGGAAUACAAAACAGGCAAGAGGAUUAUAGAUGAAGAAGGUGUUGAAAGCAUCAAUGACAUGUUUCAUGAAAAUGCUAUGCUGCAAACUGAGAACAACAACCUGCGUGUGAGAAUUAAAGCAAUGCAGGAGACCAUUGACGCGCUGCGAGCCAGAAUAACGCAGCUUAUGAGCGACCAGGCCAACCAAGUGCUAGCAAGAGCAGGUGAAGGAAAUGAAGAAAUUAGCAACAUGAUUCAUAAUUAUAUCAAGGAAAUUGAAGAUCUCAGAGCAAAAUUAUUAGAAAGUGAAGCAGUCAAUGAAAAUCUUCGACGCAAUUUGUCAAGAGCUUCAACACGAGCCACGUACUUUGGUGGACCAUCAGCAUUUUCUACUUCUAUGCUUUCUUCAGAGAAAGAGACAAUGGAAAUUCUAGAUAUAGCCAAGAAAGAUCUAGAAAAAUUGAAAAAAAAGGAAAGGAAAAAGAAAAAGAGGCUACAGAAACUUGAGGAAAGCAGUCAAGAAGAAAGAAGUGUUAGAGAGGAGAGCACAGACAAUGAGCAGGAGAAGAAAGAUGAAAAAGGCACUUCGGAAAGAGAGAAUAAUGAUCUGGAAGCAGAGGAAAUUCAGGAAGUAAGUGAUCAUGAGGAUGAAGAAGAGGAGGAAGAUGAGGAUGAAGAUGACAUGGAAGUUGUUGAAAGCUCAGAUGAAUCAGAUUCUGACUCUGAUGAAAAAGAAAAUUACCAAGCUGACUUGGCCAAUAUCACCUGUGAAAUUGCCAUUAAGCAAAAACUGAUAGAUGAGCUAGAAAACAGCCAGCGAAGACUGCAAACCCUAAAAAAGCAGUAUGAGGAGAAACUAAUGAUGCUACAACACAAGAUUCGAGACACUCAACUUGAAAGAGAUCAGGUUCUUCAAAAUUUGGGUUCUGUGGAGACCUAUUCAGAAGAAAAAGCAAAAAAAAUUAAGUCAGAAUAUGAGAAGAAACUCCAAGCCAUGAAUAAAGAAUUGCAGAGACUUCAAACAGCUCAAAAGGAACAUGCACGUUUGCUUAAAAAUCAGUCUCAAUAUGAAAAGCAACUGAAAAAACUGCAGCAGGAGGUGACAGAGAUGAAGAAAACCAAGGUUCGCUUGAUGAAACAAAUGAAAGAAGAGCAGGAAAAAGCUAGAAUGACUGAAUCUAGAAGAAACAGAGAGAUUGCACAGCUCAAAAAGGAACAGCGCAAGCGAGAGCAUCAGCUCAAGCUUCUGGAAGCUCAGAAAAGAAAUCAGGAAGUUAUCCUGCGGCGCAAAACAGAAGAGGUUACAGCCCUUCGUCGGCAAGUAAGGCCUCUGUCUGACAGAGUGGCAGGGAAAGUGAGUCGAAAACUGAGUCUGCCUGACCAUCCUGUUCAAGAACCAAGUUCUAGUUCAUCUGUUGAGUACGAUGGCUCAAGAACAGUGGCACAGCAGAAGAUGAGAAUUCCUGUUGCAAGAGUCCAGGCAUUAUCUGUAACUGCAACAAAUGGAACAGCAAAGAAAUAUCAGCGGAAAGCCGUGACAAGCAGAGUUUACUCCUCAAAAGCAGCCAGGAUGAAGUGGCAGUUACUUGAACGAAGAGUGACUGAUAUCAUUAUGCAGCGGAUGACCAUUUCCAAUAUGGAAGCAGAUAUGAACAGGUUGCUUACGCAACGUGAAGAACUUACAAAAAGAAGAGAAAAGCUUUCAAAGAAAAGGGAGAAGUUCAUCAAGGAAGGAGGUAGCAGUGAAGCAGACAGAAAUGUCCAGAAUAUUAACGAAGAGAUGGAAUCACUAACUGCGAAUAUAGACUACAUUAAUGACAGCAUUUCUGACUGCCAAGCAAACAUUAUGCAAAUGGAAGAAGCAAAGGAAGAAGGAGAGACCUUGGAUGUAACAGCAGUGAUCAAUGCUUGCACUUUGACAGAAGCUCGAUAUUUGCUUGAUCACUUCCUCACAAUGGGCAUCAAUAAGGGUCUGCAAGCAGCCCAGAAAGAAGCUCAGAUUAAAGUUCUUGAAGGACGUCUUAAGCAGACAGAAAUUACUAGUGCCACGCAAAACCAACUGCUAUUUCAUAUGCUGAAAGAAAAAGCAGAGUUAAAUCCUGAGCUCGAUGCUUUGCUGGGUCAUGCGUUGCAAGACCUAGAUAGCAUACCACUGGAAAAUUUGGAAGAUAGUACCGAUGAGGAUGCCCCGCUGCAUAGCCCUGGGGCAGAAGGGAGUUCAUUGUCUUCAGAUCUCAUGAAGCUUUGUGGUGAAGUCAAGCCCAAAAGCAAGGCUCGCCGAAGGACCACGACCCAGAUGGAGCUGCUGUUAGGCUCCGACGUUAGUGCUACAGACUCUGCUUUGCCCGGCCCUCUUGCGGCUGUUUCAGAAACCCAGGAGAGUGGGAUGGCUGCUGACACAAACGAUACUUCUGCUAGGGACAGAGAGUUUAUUCCCCCAUCGUCUGGCUUACCUUCUAAGAUAGGCAGCAUUUCUAGACAGUCGUCUCUAUCAGAGAAGAAGAUACCUGAACCUUCACCUUUAGCAAAGAGAAAAGCCUAUGAGAAAACAGUGGAAAAGACAAAGGCCAAAGAACAAAAACUGUCUGAUGAAAGUGAUUCCUCUCUGUCGGAGGUACACAGGGGGAUAAUUAACCCUUUCCCUGCUUCAAAAUACAUCCGAUCUUCCCCACUUCAGUGUAUCUAUACAGCUGAGGGACACACCAAGGCCGUGCUUUGUGUUGAUGCAACUGAUGAUCUUCUCUUCACUGGUUCUAAAGAUCGUACUUGUAAAGUCUGGAAUCUGGUAACAGGACAAGAGAUUAUGUCUCUUGGGGGUCAUCCCAAUAACGUGGUUUCUAUAAAAUAUUGCAACUACACUAGCUUGGUUUUCACUGUCUCAACUUCCUAUAUCAAGGUGUGGGACAUCAGAGAUUCUGCUAAGUGUAUUAGGACACUGACGUCUUCAGGACAAGCGAUGCCGGGUGAUGUGUGUUCAGGAAGUACUAACAGGACAGUCACUAUCCCCGCUGGAGAGAACCAGAUCAAUCAGAUUGCACUAAAUCCAACUGGCACUUUCCUCUAUGCAGCUGCUGGAAACUCAGUGCGGAUGUGGGACCUGAAGAGAUUUCAGUCUACGGGAAAACUAACUGGUCACCUGGGCCCUGUUAUGUGCCUUACUGUGGACCGAAUUUCCAAUGGGCAAGAUCUUAUUGUCACGGGCUCAAAGGAUCAUUAUAUAAAGAUGUUCGAUGUAACUGAAGGUGCUUUAGGAAGUGUAAGUCCUACACACAAUUUUGAACCUCCUCAUUAUGAUGGCAUUGAAGCACUUGCUAUAAUGGGAGACAAUCUUUUCAGUGGCUCCAGAGACAAUGGGAUUAAGAAAUGGGAUUUGGCUCAAAAAGACCUUCUCCAGCAAGUUCCCAAUGCUCACAAGGACUGGGUCUGCGCCCUGGGCCCGGUGCCCGGCGCGCCGGUGCUGCUCAGCGGCUGCAGGGGAGGCCUGGUGAAGCUCUGGAACGUGGAGACCUUCGCGCCCAUUGGGGAGCUCAGGGGCCACGACAGCCCCAUCAAUGCAAUCUGCACCAACUCCAGCCACAUAUUCACUGCAGCAGAUGACCGGACUGUGAGGAUCUGGAAAGCCCGAAAUGUAAUGGAUGGGCAGAGCUCGGACACUGGAGAUGCAAGUGAAGAUCUUGCCAGUAAUUGAAAUAAUGGGUAGAA